AUGGGUGCUCUCGACAGACUCUCUCAGAUCGGCAACCAGAUCUCCGCUGGUGUCACCGGUGGUGGUCGUGACAAGAUCCUGCAGAAGAACGCCGACGAUAUCGUCGUCACCUGCGCUCUCCGCACUCCCUUCACCAAGGGCGGCAAGGGCGGCUUCAAGGACACCCAUGCUGCUGACCUGAUGGCCGGUGCCCUUCGCGGCCUCAUCGAGCGCUCCAAGAUCGACCCCGCCCUCGUCGAGGACAUCAAGGUCGGCACCGUCCUCGCCCCUGGCGGUGGCGCCACCGAGAUGCGCGCCGCUGCUCUCGUCGCCGGUUUCCCCGAGUCCACCGCCGUCCACACCCUCAACCGCCAGUGCUCGUCCGGUCUCCAGGCCUGUGUCGACAUCGCCAACCAGAUCCGCGCCGGCAUGAUCGAGGUCGGUGUCGGUGCCGGUGUCGAGUCCAUGUCCACCAACUACGGCCCCGGCGCCGUCGCUGAGUUCUCUGACCUCCUCGAGGGCCACACCGAGGCCGCCAACUGCAAGGUCCCCAUGGGUGUCCUGUCUGAGGACAUGGCCAAGGACAAGGGCGUCUCGCGCAAGGACCAGGACGCCUUCGCCGCUUCUUCCUUCCAGAAGGCUGUCAAGGCCCAGAAGGAGGGUCUCUUCAAGGAGGAGAUCCUCCCUCUCAAGGCCAAGUUCGAGGACCCCAAGUCCGGUGAGACCAAGGAGAUCCUGGUCGAACGCGACGACGGCGUCCGCGACGGCGUCACCGCCGAGUCCCUCGGCAAGAUCCGCGCCGCUUUCGCCAAGGACGGCUCCAUCCACGCCGGCAACGCUUCUCAGGUCUCCGACGGUGCCGCCGCCGUCCUGCUCAUGAAGCGCUCCACCGCCGAGAAGCUCGGCCAGCCCAUCCUCGGCAAGUUCGUCGCCGCUUCCGUCGUCGGCGUCAAGCCCCUCCUCAUGGGUAUUGGCCCCUGGAAGGCCAUCCCCAAGGUGUUUGAGCUUACCGGCCUCAACAAGGACGACGUCGACAUUUACGAGAUCAACGAGGCCUUCGCUUCGCAGUGCUUGUGGUGCGCCAACGAGCUCGGUAUUCCCCUGGAGAAGAUCAACCCCAAGGGCGGUGCCAUCGCUUUCGGUCACCCGCUUGGCUGCACCGGUGCCCGCCAGGUUUCUACCCUCCUCUAUGAGCUCAGGAGGACGGGCAAGAAGGUUGGUGUUACGUCCAUGUGCGUUGGUACCGGUAUGGGUAUGGCCGCUGUCUGGGUUGCCGAGUAA